AUGAAUUUUAAGGAAUUAUGGGUAAUAGGCUUGAUUCCUUUUACCUUAUAUUAGAAACUUUACUAAAAAUUUCAACAUCAAUCUUAUUAUUGUUGGAUUGGUUUCAGUUUUGGCUUGUCAAUUAAGACUAAAUCUUACGAUGAUUUAAUUGCUCUACAAUAUUCCGAUUUAAGGGAAAAUGGUAUCUUUAUUAAUAUAUUUAAGAGUUUUUAGUUUUAUACUCUUGAUAAAAAACCUAAUAAUAACCUAUUAGAAAGCAAGUUUUGCUUUUGCAUAAUUUAUUUUAGAAUUAUUGCUUAAAACGUUAAAUAAAUAGCUAUGCAGCAGAAGUAACACAAACCUAAAAUUAAUAUGAAAAUUUUAUGCUAGUAGAAGUCUAUAUUAUAUUAAUUCAAAAUUUUGAUAAUCAAUGGUAAUUUUUAAAAUAAUGAAUUGAUAUUUAUGAGUAUUGCCUUUAUGUGUAGAUUAGUUCCUAGUUUACAUUUUUAAGAAAUUGUGUAAUUAAAUAUUAUGGAAUUAUCUAACACAUUUAUACAAUCAGUAUUGAAUUCUAAGAUGCCUUUUAGUGGAUAGGGUUUUUAAAUCUAAAGAGAAAAUUCAAGAACAGAUGAAAUGUUUCUAUACCUGAUAGGCAUUCACUAUCUAAUUUCUCAUUUACCUUUUUCUAAGCAAAUGUUAAACAUCUAUGCAAAAUUUGUUGUAAUAUUAGCUUGUUAGUUUUGUGAAUGUAAAGGUCUUGCUGGUUAUAAUGGAUUAAAUUUUCAAGUACUUUUUUUUUUUAUUUUUGCCUAUUAUUAUAUUGAUAUUGCCUUUGGCAAUAUAUUUUUUUGUGUUUCUAAUUUUCCUAAGUAUAAGCGAAUCACCAUAAAACUGAUAUGA